AUGUAUCCAGAGAUCAAUGGAUACAGUGAAGGAGUACUUUACACAAUUGAUGAUGAGCUCAUUGAAAUGGGAUCCACAAGCAUGCUGGGACAACCUCAAAGCGGUUUUAAAGCGAAAACAGCUAUUGAUUACAGCUUCCGCCACCGCCAUACCACCAAACAACACUACCCACGACUGCCACCUCUUGAAAAAGAAAUUGCCAACAUCACAAGAACGUGUUACGAAACAAAUGUUGUUACGAACAGCAACCUGAUGGCACGAAAGAAGCGGAACGAACAAGUACUUCUUCAAAGUGUUGAAACAACGACAGGCCGCCACCACCAUCCACCAUCUCCGUGA